CCCCAACCUUGUAAGACGCCCACGGGUCCUAAGCCAGGAUCCGCGUCGCACUGGACGAAAAAGAGUCCGUGGAGUAACUCCAUUCCAAUUCGCGAAAAUCUCCCCUCCUUAAAUAUUUAAAACCGUCGCAAUCUUUUUCUCUCUCUUAGUGUAGGUACCCAACCAGCCAUAACAUGCCUACACUUUUCUUGUUCUUGGAUUAGCACGUAGUAUAUUCCUCUGUAAAAGUUGGAACGGUAUUGAAUAUAUAGGUUUACCAUGGCUAAGAGGACCGCUGGUAAAGUCCCAGACGCCUGGGAAGACGACGACUGGGAGGUACAAGCGGACAAGGCCGCUGCAGCAGAGGACGAGGAACCCGAACCACAACCACAGCCGCAAUUAAGCAGAGCCGAGCGUCUGGCACAACACGCCGAGUCCAACAGGAAGCUCUGGGAGUCAGCUGAAGCCCCCGCCGAAACAUUCCACUACCUAGCCUCGCGAUCCGACCCGCCGCUCGCGACGGGCUUCAAGCCCGCCGUCAAAGUGCUGAGCCGCAAGCCUCUGCAGGACGCCGGCGCCGACCUAGACGAGGAAGACGACAAGAAGGCGCCGCAGCUGACGGCCGAGGAGAUCCAGGCCAAGCAGCAGCGCGAGCGCGAGGAGAAGCAGCGGCGGUACGACGAAGCGCGCGCUAAGAUCUUCGGCUCGAACCAAUCUUCCGGGACUUCUACGCCUGGCGCCGUGACGCCCCCGCGGUCAGCUGACGGACGAGGACCGCGAGGCAGAGGUAGAGGAGGACGAGGCGGUGGAGGAGGAGGUCAUAGGCACAACGAGAGCCGUGGGGAUAGGGAUAGGGGGAGGGAUAAUACCCAGCGACCGAGCAGCCAGUCCGGUGGCAGUGGACGAGAGCUCUACGAUCCUAACUACUCACCGAAGCCGGGCUUCCAAUUGGAGCGGAGAGGAAAUAAUUAUAACAACGACGGCGGCGCACCAUUGUCCCGUAAGUCAACGCCACAAGAAGAGCAAAUUAUCCGCGCGCCGCGAGGCCCCGACGGGAGUGGAAGAGGCGGCUUCGGGUUCGCGAAGCGGGGCGCCAAAGGCAGUUGAACGUGGUUUUACUAUUUUGGUUUUCCUUACA